AUGGUAGCAGCCGUGCAUAACGGUUCUAAUUCGAUUUAUCGGCUUGUUGAAGUUGCAGAUGAGAGUUACAUUAUUCCAGCUUUUGAAGAAGAAGCACAUGUCAACUUAAUACGUGCUAUGGAAGGGGAAUCAAGCUAG